GCGGACCUGACAGGGUCACACACAGGACCAAGCAGGAGCAGGACCUCAGCAUUUUUACUUUUUAAUACAAAUGGAGAAACAUGAAGAUGUUCAAUACUGUUUUCAGGACAGAAACUCUUCUUGCAGAAAGGCUUUGCUAUCGACAUCUAUCUACAUAACACUGUACAUCUUCUUCUCAUUGAUUUCAGCAGUUACAGUAUUUUUGAACCUACUGGUGAUCAUCUCCAUCUCUCACUUCAAGCAGCUCCACACUACAACCAACCUGCUCAUCCUCUCUCUGGCUGUGUCAGAUCUCCUGGUGGGACUGAUUGUGAUACCAGUAAUGACUGUAGCAAUAAUGGAACCAUGCUGGGGUUUUGGGGAAUAUUUCUGUGUGUUUCAUAUCUACAUUGCUUGUUUAUGUAAUUCUUUAUCUCUGGGCAAUUUAGUCUUGAUAUCUAUUGACCGCUAUGUUGCUGUGUGUGAUCCCUUUUUGUACCACUCUAAAAUAACAAUAACAAGAAUCAUAUUUUGUAUAUCCAUCACCUGGUGUUGUUGUAUCAUAUACCGUGCUGCUAAUAUUAAUUAUUUUGUCAAUGUACAGGUACCAAGUAGGUGUGUGAAAGAAUGUACUACUUUUGAAGGGUCAAUCUGGGUUAAUAUCACUGAUCUUGUUAUUACAAUGGUUGUCCCGUGCUCGGUUAUUAUAACACUUUAUUUGAAAAUCUUUGUGGUGGCCAGAUCACAGGCCAGAAAGGUAUUUACAAAAGAGGCUGCCAGUGUGUCUGGUGUUAAAACUGUACAGGCAAAUAAGUCUGAGAGAAAAGCAGCAAAAACUCUUUCUAUUGUUGUUUUCAACUAUCUAAUUUGUUGGAUUCCAUCUCUAUUUGUUUUUUUAUUUUUUAAUUUUUUAAGUGAUUAUUUAUUCGCAUAUUUUAUCAGUUUUCUGAAAUUUGUAAAUUCCUUAAUUAAUCCAAUAAUUUAUGCUUUCCUUUAUCCAUGGUUUAAAGUGACAGCUAAACUUAUUUUAACUUUAAAGAUAAGACAUUCAUAG